AUGUUCUGUCCCGUUCGGGGUGUCCGCAACUCUUCUCCGAAAUACGUUUCGCCGCUUUAUUUCAUGGAUGUGUACGAUGGGUUGGAAAUCCUCGGAAACAUCACGUCUCAUAGCAGGGUGACUGCAAUUGAGGAACCUACGGCGCAUUUUGGCAAAUCGGCAAUCGAAUCUGCUCGUAUUUCAACGCCAGACUUUGCAGAUGUGGCCAAGGCGACCGAGGCCACCAGGGCCAAUGGAAGCCAGCACAGCUUCAGAUUUGCGGUUUAUCAAUAA